AUGAAGAAAUUUUCUCCCAAGAGAGGUUUGAGAAAAGGUGUCCCCUUAUCUCCUUUUUUUUUCCUAUUGUGCAAUGAAGCUCUCUCAAAGUUGUUUACAAAGAAACUUAAUGAAGGAAAGUCAAAAGGAAAGCUUGCUCUAACUACUCUAGUUAUCACCCAUAGGAUGUUCACUGACGAUACCAUUAUUUUUGGGAGAGCAAAUUCGGAAGAGGCAGAAUGUGUAAACAAAUGUCUGGAGACCUAUGAAAUAUGGUCGGGUCAAAAAUGUAGCAAGAACAAGUCAAGUGUUCUUUUCUCAAGGAACCUCAAUAAUUGUGCAAGUCUGACAAUUAGGAGGAUUCUUCAGGUGGAAGAGACCAAGGGUAGCGAGAGGCAUCUGGGCGAUCCUUUUGUGUUCCAAAGAAGAAAGAAAGAUGAUUAUGAGUGGUUGAGAGAGGCAGUCAUGAUAAAUCUUGAAGGUUCGAAGAUGAGGACGUUAUCUUAUGCGAGCAAACAAGUGAUGAUCAAUUCAGUUGUAAGUAACAUCCCCAUCUACACAAUGUCUUCCCUAAAGGUCCCUUUAACCACUUGUAGAGAGAUGGAUAAACUUAUUAGAAGAUACUGGUGGACUGGUAACAUGAAGAAGAAGAAGAAGAGCAGGUUCUUAGCAACUAAGAGUUGGGACAGUCUUUGCCAAUCGAAACAGUGUGGAAGUCUGGGUUUUCGUAGGUGUGAAGACAUGAAUCAAGCUUUUUUGCCUAAAUUGGCGUGA